AUUGCUUGCUUUGCUUGUUUCGUCUGGAGUGGAAAGGAAAAUUGUAUGAACGUGUUAAAUUUGCUCUUGUUGGUUUUUUUAUAUAGUCUUGUAUAAUUAAUUUGCUUGAAAGUUGAAAGUAAUGUAUGGAUUCCGGACGCUGUUCAUGUAAUGAGAAAGCUGUGUUUUGGUGAUUUAUGUAAUAUAUUGUAACUUAAUGUUUAAUUAUUUGCUUGAACUGUUGAUUUAGUUACAAUGUGUAAUCUUGCAACUUACGUUCUGUAACCAUGUCACUUACAAUACAGCAGAUCUUACAAGACGCAAAAAAACUAUCUAGUAAAUUAAAAGAACACGAUUCAGCAGCAGACAUAAUUUUGUCUCAAACACAAUCCGUCUAUAAAAAGAUUGAUGCAAUGAAGCAGUAUAAAGAUGAGGUUGGUGAGUUGAAUGAUGCUGCUCGACAGAGACCCCACUCAGUGCUUAUUGCUGGUAUUCAGCAGGAGAAUCGGCAUCUGCGUGAGCUGCAGCAGGAGAAUAGAGAGCUUAGAGCUGCCUUAGAGGAACAUCAAAAUGCCUUGGAGUUGAUCAUGUCCAAAUACAGACAGCAGAUGACACAGCUGGUCAACACCUCCAAGCAGAGCUUUCACACCCUCUACAACCAACAGGUACACCCAGGUAAUAGAGAAGCAAGCUGACAAAAUAACAGAAAUGGCAGCUGUUAUGAAGAUGGCUGCCGAAGUUGAUGACAGUAAUGGAAUUAAGGAUGAAGCAACUAUUGUACAAUUAACUACAGAAAAUAAGGGUCUUAGAGAGUUACUCGAUAUAUCUGUUAAAUUUGGUUCAACGACAGACGUAGAUAAAAAGGAGAAAUUAAGUGAAGAUUUAACUAAGGAAGCAGAAACAUGAAGAGGAAAUUUCUAGUAGAUAGCAGUAAGGGAAGCAAAUAGAUUAUCAGAGAAGGAAUGAGAAAGCAUGAUGAGAGAAAAGAAGGGAUCUCAGCUAACUCUAACAAUCAUGUUUGUCUUCAGUAUCUUCUGAAGGGAUCAAAUCUUUUGUACCAAUCUUCAAAGUCUGUAGAGCUCAUACAUUUAACAUCAUGAAAGUAAAUAAUCAUUUAUCUCUAGGUAAAAUAUUACUUUUCAAAUCAUCAUCAUUUAAUAAGUAAAAUUAUAGAUCAAUAUGUUAAAACAGUUCACAUGUAUGCAUUUCGUUGUCAUGUUUGUAAUAAUUAAGUAGAUUCUUUAAAUUUACUAGAGACACAUAACAGGUACACAGACAGAUAAUGAAUAAUAUUAAAUCAUCUUAAGGAAUAGGACAAUUUUUAGUUUACAGAUGCUUAGUACACCACAACAGUUGAUGAUGAUACCAUCUUGUAUUCACACAGUGUUUGCGCUUGUUGGAUCUGGUGCCACAUUGCAGUGUGUACUCCACACAGAUCUAUAAUCAGUGUAUUAAAAUAAAACAAAAAAGUCUCAAAAAUUA